GAUUAGAAAUAGAAAAUUUAAGAUAAAUAAUCAAAAUUAUUCAGAAGAAGUUUAUAGAUAAAUCAAUAUUCACAUUCUUUUAAUUUUUAGUAUAUUAAUAAGGUGAUAAAAAUAAUUAACUUUCUCAAAUAAUAGUAUACAACAACAACAAGGUUCAUAAAAAAAAAAAAAUAGUACACAACAUGUAAAAUUGUUAAAAUUUUCCUUUAUCCGCCCAACAGGUCGGACUUUUGUCUAGUUUAACUUUACCGUUCAGCGGAAGAAUGUAAUGCGGUGAAGUUAAGGAAAAGUAGGUUAAUAUUUUUAAUAUUUGCUUGCACAGAUGGUAAUUGGUCCAGUCCGAUUUAAAUCGAACUAUAUAUACAAUUUUAUGGUUGAAACAGAAAUGUCAGAAGCAGGGCCGACCCACAAUAUUCGGAGGCCCUUUUCAAAAAUUUAAAAUGUGGCCCUAAAAUUUAAUAUAAGACUUCAACAACUUCGAUUUCGAAAAGCUUCUUUAUGCUAUAGCAACAUUCACAGAAAUAGUUAAUAAAAUUCUAAAAAAUAUGCUUGCAUUAGAAAAACACAAUCGAAAAGUUUUAAGAAGAUUAAAAUUUCAAAAAUAUAAUCAUAUAACUAUGUUGAAUAAUUCAAAAUAAUCAGUAGCUUUACCACAAGAAUUAGCCAUAUCACAUAAUGUCAAACUAUUUAUUAUUGUUUUAAUUAUUUUUUUCUUUAUACUAUUGGUGGCUUGUACCUAACUAUUUUGGUUAAUGUUUAAUAAAUAAAUAUGAAUUAUUUAGUUAAUUUAGCAUUACUUCCUUGGUAGUACAAGCAGAUUAAUUGCCGAAAUUGAAUCCUUUUCCCCUUGGAAAGCUGAAAAUGAAGAAAGUUAAAACAACAAAUUUAAUAACGAUAAUAAUGAGGUAUCAUGAAUUAUAUGUAUAAGAAAACAAGUAUUCGCCUCAUGUGAUUCGUUCGUUCCUUUAACCUUCGGACUUAAAUGUUUUAUUAUUGUUUUACACCCAUAAUCAACCCAAUUCAUACAUUUUCUAUCGUUAAUUUAUAAUCAAAAUCUAAUAAUCCGUAAUAGUAAUUAGUCAUAUACAUCAUUGAGGUCCGGAGGCCCCCAAAAUUUGGAGGCCCUGUGCCGAAGGGCCGGCUGGCACACCCUCUGGGCCGUGGUCAGAAUACAAAUCAUAAACCACAUCCAAAUAUUGCACAGUUUAGGUGAGGGCCAAAAAUUGAACAAAUAAUUAGAGGAAUACUAGUUUGGUACCCGGUCCGUUGGCCGGGUAAAUUUUGUUAGAAAUAUGUACUUUGGUAUUUUUUUUCCUCCUAAGGUGUCUAUUUUGUUUAGUCUGUCAUGUCCUCUCUCAUUCCGAAUCGUGUAUACCUUUGAGUCCGACCAGUUAGCCGCUAAAUGAUUUUUUUAAGGUAAAUUAGUUUGUACCGCAUGACAAUAUUUUAGCACUCAUGAAAUUGUUGUGCAUUAUUAUUAUGAUAUUACAAAAUUAAACAUUGAUAUAAUUUAGCAACUCAGUAGAAUAAGAAAUUUGUUCUCCGAUCUAUGUUAGUAUAUACUUUAUGGCGGUACAUGAAUAACUAAAAAAACUAGAUACUCGAUAAAUGGGAGAUAGAAAAGUAUAAAACGAACUAGAAACCUCUCUCAUAUGGCAGGUCUCUUUGUAUGUGUUGUCCGGAAAGAGGAGGACUCCAUGAUUAUUCGUUCGCCGGAACCAGAAGUCAAAAUUUUGGUAGAUAGGGAUCCCGUCAAAACUUCUUUUGAGGAAUGGGCCAGACCUGAUCAUUUCUCAAGAACAAUAGCUAAAGGACCUGAUACUACUACUUGGAUCUGGAACCUACAUGCUGAUGCUCACGAUUUCGAUAGCCAUACCAGUGAUUUGGAGGAGAUUUCUCGAAAAGUAUUCGCAACUAACGAAUAAGAACAUGCCUUGUAAAUAUAUGAUUGUGGCUAUGUUUUAAAAAAAACAUAUAUAAAUAGGGUAUCCUUGUGUAGAUCACAUAAAAUCUGAUUUUUUCGCGCAUAAUAUUUAAAUUUGGAGUUGAAACGAAAUAAAUAUGGAUCAAUUAAGAAUAGUAGGGGAGAUUCAAAAAGGAGAGAGAGAGAGAGUUAAGUGGCACAUUCUAAUUGGGGUAUAUAAAAAUUUGAAAGAAAAAAAAAGGAAUUAAGAUAAAAUCUAAUUGGUCGGAAGGGUGCUGACGUGGAUGCAUAGGAGGGCUGGAAUUUUGAAAUGGUGAAGGUAGUUUUUGGAAAAGCCUUUAUAUAUUUUUUAGAAGAUAGAUAUAGAUGCUUGUCUUAAAACUUAAGUGCCAACAGGUAUGUGUAAUUGCUAUACCAUAAAUUCAAGUACAUAACAAGACACAAAGUUAAAGCAACCGAACUGCAUUACACAUUAAUAUAGUUUUAUACGGAGACACGAUCGUCUAUACUUUCAGGUGGAAUUUGGUUUGUGAAUGAAGAAGAGGAUGAGAUUCUCGAACUUAGGGUUCAACCUUUGAUCUAGUAAGAAAAAGCACAUGAUCGAACAAGCUUUUUUUUUUUUUUUUACAACAAACAUCAUUCAUUUCAUUCCGAACCCAAACAAGUGGGAAGAAUUACAAUUACAAUAAUGGAGCAACAAGGUUGGCAAUGACAGUCCAUUCCGGAGGAAGAAGAUCAAUCGGAUUCAAGGAGAAACACAAAGAAUGGAAACCACACGGGCAAAGAUUGCCCUGCACUGCCAGGGCCAAAGGCUCGGAUUCUGUCUCAACGCAAUUGUCAGCCUCUGACAGUCAGACCUGAUACACGUUGAGACUGGAUCUUGGACCGCCAAGAUAACUGCAUUGAGAAUUGCAAAAGUUUCUGCCUGAAUCGGAGAGGAACAAAAGAAUUUCUCAGCCCUUCCGUCGAUAAUCUAACAGUGGGAGUUAGCAAUAGCAAUUUCAUAAGUCGCCACCUAUACAUCAGAGACAAAUGAACCAUCACAAUGCACAACCUUUUUGAAAGGAACAAUCGUUGAUAAGUUCAUCGACCGAGAACUCUUAAGCUCAUAAGGCAAACUAACUGACGUAGAAGAGGAAGAAACUUGACCAAUUAAAUUUCAAACGAUGU